UGAGUACUUCACAAAAAAAGAAAAAAAUCCAUGUGAUCUAGUCAUGCCAGCUAGAUAUCAUUGCUCAAAACAACCUUAAAAUUACAAAAAAAUGUUACGAAAAUGUCAUAAUUUUGGCAUAUAGAGCCUUACAAGAAAUGCCAUAUCUUUAUUUAUAGUUGUUACUAGGAAAUGUGUAGCCCCUCUUUUUUUGCAGAAAGAAAAAACCAUCGUAUAUAAAGGUAGGAUAAAGGCUAUUGCUCAAAACUACCCUAAGUUUACAAAUGAAUUGUUACAGACAAACUCUAAUUUUUCCUUCUAGAGCUUCAAAAGAAAGGUUGUAUUUUUAUUCAUAGAUGUUGACAAGAAGUGUGUAACCUAAAUAGAAAGAACUUUUUGCAUUUAAUGAUCUAUACCUAGGCUAUAGGCUAUUGCUUGAAAGAACUUCUGCUGAGGAAAUAUAGGAUGCUUCGAAAUCAAACAAUUAAUAACAAGGAUUUAGCAGUAAAAGAUUUAGAUCAUAAAGCUUGGAGAACAAUUAAAUUACCUAUUUUAGAAAAAAGUAUUUUGAAGUAUCUGCGAAGCCAUUGCAUUGUUGAUAAUGUGAAAUCAUUGCAUUGGUGAUAAUAAUAAUAGAAUGUCUAAUAGAAUGCAAAUAGAAUUUACAGAAAAAAGAUGACAACGGCUUUGAUGAUGAAAUGCUUGCUACAGCUCAGAAUCAGGUCAUCCAGCAAACAUCAAAAGAAGUACUUCUUAAACUUGAAAAUACAUAUCAAGUUGAUGAAUGGAUAACUUUGCGCUUUGGGAAUACUUGGUUUCCGGCUCAAGUUGUAGAGGCAGAUGAUGAGGGUAUUGUAGCAAGUUGUAUGCAUUAUGCCAUGGGCGAUGGAAACAAUGCAUUUAUUUUUCCAAAUCCAAAAGAUCAAGGGUUCUACGAUCUUGAUGAUAUUAUUUGCAAAAUUUCAGCACCAACUCCAAAGAAUAAUAGAUAUUUUUGGUUAACCUCUGAAGAUUUCAAAAACGCUAGCACAGGAUUUAUUAAUUAGUUUAUCUUACAUUAUCUUAUUACUUUUUUGUUGUUUCAAAUUUAUGUUGUUUUUUGAUGGUUUACAAAAUAUAAUAUAAUUUGUAAGUAAACAA